CGUCAAGUAUGCAUCAAGAGAGAAUCGACGUGAGCUGAGUUUUACAAGAAAUCGAAAUAAUAAUUACAAUUUGAUGCUAUAAACAGCACAUACUAAUCUUAAAUAGCUCUCCCUUAAUUUACUCUUCUAAAAGUGUUAACUUCUAUUUGCUUCUACUUACGAUAUUUAGGAAGGUUGAUAUUUGACUAUGGAGUCAACAUUGCAAGACACGGAGAAAGUCUUCGUGAAGAGUGAACCCCCUGAGUGUGAAGACGAGCCCUCAUGCCAUGUGUUUAUAAAAAUCGAACCGUGUGUAAAGGAAGAGCCUUUGUGCGAGAGAGUGUCUUUUGAAAUGGAGUUGGCAGAUGUGUGUGUGAAACAGGAGCCUUCAGAGACGGAUGGCGCGGCGGCGGGACCGUACGCCGGUCAACUCGAGAAUAAUGAGCUGGUACUUGAGCCUGUGCGCGGUCCCGAGCCAGAGGUGAAGCGGCGCGUUGCUACCCAAGGGCAAUCUCCAAAAAAGAAAUCAAGUGCACUACAUGAUGUCAAACGUAAAAGAAAACAUACCAUUCAAAAGAAAGGAGUGCUUAAAAGGACAAAUACUAAAAAAAAGGCGUACAAAUGCAGCUAUUGCAGUGAGGCGUUCUCAGAAGAAGUUAGUUUGCACGCACACAAAUGGAAACACAAUGAUGAAAAGUCCUUCAAGUGCGAUCAAUGCGGCUAUACCACUACACGUGAACACUAUUUACUAAGCCACAAAGCUUCACAUAUAAGGGGGGUGGGGGUAAGGCCUUAUAAAUGUAGCCAAUGUGACUUUGCUUGUGCCAAAAAAGAUGAGCUAAUAAAUCAUAAAGUAAUAAUACAUACCUAUGAGCCACCUUUUAAGUGUGAGAUAUGUAGUUUUGCUGCGGAGAGUAAUAAGACUUUGCAAUUGCAUGUAGCGACGCACACUGGUGCGGAGACUUACAAAUGUAGCACAUGCAAUUAUACUACUUUAAGGAGAAAUAACCUAAUGCAACAUGAAGCGAGACAUGCUGCCAAACGUUUCAAAUGUGAAAAAUGUAGUUUUGGUUGUAAUCAAGAGUAUCAAUUUAAAAACCAUGAAAGGACACACACAUACAAGACAUGAUGAGAAGCUUAACAAGCAUGUCUCGGAGACGAGACCAUGAAAGACAGGAAGAUUCAGAAGAGGCUCAGUCGGCGGCGCCACUAGAUCCAGUUCAAGAAAUAAUUAAAUUAUUAUUGUUUUUUUUUAUAUUAUUAUAAAA